GGUGACCUUUGGGCCUUUUCUUUCCUGCUAGCUCUUUGGUUUCUGGGUCUGUGGAGAACUUUGUUCUGCAUUCGCUCAGCUUUUGCUUUCUCUCUGUGCGUGUUCCUGCGCACGUGUGUUUGCGUGCGCGAGCGCAUGCCUGCGUGUCCGUUUGUGUGUCUCAGAGGUUUUCGCAGCACCUGACCCACCCACCCCACUCACCAGCACCCACCAGGGUGUUUGUCCUGAGAACUGGGAGCAGACCAGGAGAGACGGUUGGGCUUGACGGGGCGACGGGCACGGCGCUGAACGGGACACAAACAAGGAUAAACAGAACCAAAAGAGAAGAAGAAGAAGGAGAGAAUACACAUCAGAAGGAGCUGUUAGUCGGAGGAGUGUUGACAUUUAGCAGAAGAUGAGCGCGUACACAGUGACUCUGAGCGGCCCCGCUCCGUGGGGCUUCAGACUACAGGGAGGGAAGGACUUCAAUAUGCCCCUCACCAUCUCCAGGAUAACCCCCGCCAGCAAGGCAUCAGGUGGGACCCUGACCCAGGGCGACAUCAUCUCAGCCAUCGAUGGAGUCAGCACCGACGGGAUGACGCACCUGGACGCCCAGAACAAGAUCAAGGCGGCCACCAACAAACUUACGCUCUCAAUGCAGAAAUCAAGACGUCCAGCUCCAGUUCCCACGGCAACUCCAAGAAUGGAGUCACCGAUGCCCAUCAUCCCACACCAGAAGGUCAUCGCCAACACAGCCGCAAAUGUGGAGUACACCCCCAGUUUCAACCCCAUAGCUUUGAAAGACUCAGCCCUCUCCACCCACAAACCCAUUGAGGUGAGGGGUCCAGGAGGAAAGGCCACCAUUGUUCACGCCCAGUACAACACACCCAUCAGCAUGUACUCACAGGACGCCAUCAUGGACGCCAUCGCAGGACAAUCACAGGCCAAAGGACAUGACGGCGAGGAGGCCGGAUCUCCUUUGGCUGUUCUGCCCGUCAAAGAGCCCGUGGUGGACUGUGCCUCUCCGGUGUACCAGGCGGUGAUCAGGCCAGGAGACACAACCCAGGACAUGUCUGAGUGGGCUCGCCGGGCUGCCAACCUGCAGUCCAAAAGCUUCAGGAUGCUGGCUCAUAUCACCGGCACGGAAUACCUGCAAGAUCCAGAUGAGGAAGCACUGCAGAGAUCAAGGGAGAAGUUUGAGUCCGAGGUCAAAGGGCCGCGGUUUGCCAAGCUGAGGAACUGGCACCACGGGUUGUCCGCACAGAUCCUCAACAUCCAGGAGUAAAGAGGAGACAGAAACAUGCGGCGUGGAAGAGUGACAGAAAGACGAGGACAUGUAAACACGGGCAAAAACAAAGGAGUUUACAGGAAGUAGGGAUGGAUUAUGGAGAAAAAUGAGCAAAAGGAGGAGGAAACUCCUCGGGAAUGUGAGAUGUUAUUGUAGUCUAGAAUAAUAGAAAACAAUAUUACGUGUUAGUAUGAGACUGCUUUAAGUGUCAAAUAUAUUUGUCUGCUGUUAUGAUCUGAUCUCACAUAUUUUUUCUGGUUUGUUUCCUGAUUAUUUGAGCUCUUUGUCUCUAAAAUGUACAAAAAAUAAGAGGAAACCACAAAAAUGUUUAUUUUUGUUGUCGUUGUUUGAUAGUUGUUUUGCUCCUUCAGAAAUCACAAAUGUAUUUAAAUUUUCAACCUAAAUGAGCAUGUGAGCAUGUGACGUCAAGAGAAACACACUAUUUAUCUACAUGCACAAGUACAGUAUGUAAAAAUGCACUCAGAAUGUACUGAUAUCAAUGUGAAUAAAUGUUUUCUUAAAUCUACAAAGAUAAGUGACGUGUUGUGAAAUGAACCAACUGAAUUUAAAAAAAAAAAAAAACGUAAAAACAGCUAUAACUCAUGACAGUAGCUGAAAGUGGUCCCCAACACAUGUUCUGUAA